AGCUCCGCGCGUGUCCCGCGCUUCCCGCGCUUCCCGCGCACUGCAUGGAGCCGGACUUGCCGUCGACGGUGCAGGCGCACCCGGCGCCUGCCGGGAAGCCGGACCUGGCGAAGGAUGCGGCCAAAACCGCGUGGCGAGCCAAGGAGCAGCAGAGGGAGAAAGGAAAGGUGGAGAUGAUGGGCGCUGAGCGCUUGGUCCUCGCCCAAGAGAGAUACAAGGCCUUCCGUGCCAGGCAGUUGCGAGAGAGGGAGGCUGCUGCAGAGGCGCUGCAAAGGGACAUCUCCAAAGUGCAGGAGCAUCUCUGGAAGACCCAGAUGCACACUGACGAAUCCCUGGAAGAGCUGGAAGCCCAGAAAAGAGUCUACGAGGUGGACGAGGUUGACGCAAAGCAGGCACGGCAGCGUGCCCAGCAGCGGGUCAUCGCGUCCCGGGAGGAGGGAGCAGCGUAUGCGCUGCGCGCGGCGGACGAAGCACAGCAAGCGCUGCAGGAAGCGGAGGAGGUGAUUUCGACCAAGAAGGCGGAGGUGAAGAGCUUGGUGGACCAGCACUGCGACGAGCGCGCGGUCUUUAAGGCAAAGCUCCAGAAAGAGGUGGCCGCACAGGACAGAGAGGCGGCAGCCUUCGCGGAGACGGUCCUGGUGCAGACCAAGUCCUGCCACCGGCAGCAAGAGGCGAGCCGGCACAAUGCGGCCAUGCACUUGGAGAAGGUGGCGGACUUGCACCAGGCGGCCCGCGGCGAAGCCCAGGAGAGGAUGCUUCUGCAUGAAGAGAAAUCCAAGAGGCACGUCAAGGACCUGGAGAAGAUCACGCACCAACUCAGGAUGCGGGGCGACGAGGCAUUGGUGGAGAAGAUGUCCCACACCACGGCCCAGCUGGUUGCGGCGAAGACCUUUUGCGCGGAGGUGAAGGAGAGUUUGAACGAGGAGAUCCGGCAAGCCAAGCUCAACAUGGCCAAGAUCCAGGAAGAAGCUGCGGCCAAUACCCGGAACGAGCAGCGCGCGGUGCAGGGUUUGGAGGCGAAGGCCUUGGAUCAGUUCCUGGCGUCCCUGGAGGAGGCCUCAGGCGCCUGGCACGAGACCAGCGGCAAGCGCAAGGCCCUGCAGGAAGAGCUGGACGAACUUCACGUGAAGUUCCAGAGCCUCCAUGACGAGACUCAAGCCAGGAUGAAGGCCAUCAUGGAUCUCUGGCGCAAGGACCGCGAGGCCAUGGAAGAGAAGAUCCAGGUCCUGGAGGUCAAGCGACAGGAUGCGUUCCAAGUGGUCACCCGCACGAUGCAGGAGACGAAAGACGGCAUGCAGGCCAAGGAAAGAGCUGCCAGAGAAAGCUGCGCAGAAGCUGUGUCGCAGUGCCAGCGCCAAAGCGAGGACACGGUGGUUGCCACAUAUGAGGCCGCCGCGGAAGCGGCGAAGAACGAGGAGCUUGUCGCUGAGCAAGUGCUGGUGGAGGCACAGCAGUGGAAGUCCCAGAUCAAGGACCUCCAGGCCGCUGCAGACGAGGAGAUCGCGGCAAUUGAGGCGAAAGCCGCGUCUGUGGAAAUACAGCUGGAGAAAGAUGCCUUGGCGCAGGUAAAUCUAUCGAAGCGCCUUGCGCAAAGCGCUGCGGAGGAGGAGAAGGUUUUCAUCUCCGAGACUGCUGCAGCAUGGGCGAGAGUGAGAAAGGCCUGCUACCAACUCCGCCUGGCCAGCCUGCAUGACUUCGCCAGAAGCAUCGCCAACGGCCAGUUCGACUCGAAGCUGGACUGAGUCAAGAGCUCAAGGCAGCCAGGAAUUCAGGAAACUGCACGGGCUGUCAGGUUGCAGUCA